AUGAAGACGCCGACUGCCUCCAUUCUCAGCCUCCUCUUCCUUCUCUCGACGCCUUUCUCAUCAGUAGAUGCGACAUCUGAUUCAUCGAACUCCAAAAAUGCCUUGUCUCCCUGUGUAGCACGUUCCCCUACAUCGGGUCUAUACUACGACCUGAAUGCGAUCUCUAUAUCCCCGCCCGACCCAGACAACGGAAAAUCUCGAAAAGGCGCUCGACAUGAGAGCUGGCAUGCCAAGGGUCACGAUUACCAUGCGAACUUCACGCUCAAUAUCUGUGCUCCGGUGUUGGAGAAUAUCAAGAACGUGGUGGGGGUAGAUAGCGAACGGUGGCAGAACGUCAGUGCGUACUAUGAGAAGGGCGGUCGGAUUUAUUCCAUAGGGCAACAAGCGUCUCAGCCGUUCUUCCGCGGCCGCAAGCUGGUGUUGAAUUACACCGACGGCUCCCCCUGUGUGGGCGAGUAUCUCGGAGUCAAAAAUGGGUCGCGUACUAAGUCCACGAUCAUGUCUUUCCUUUGCGACCGUGAUGCCCCUGGAUUGCAGGCGAUUCCAUCCUUUGUCGGAACCAUGGAUCAUUGCACCUAUUUCUUCGAAGUUCGAAGCGCUGCUGCCUGCGGUGCUACAGCCCGUGCCGACGACGGUCAGGGCCUGGGACCUGCCGGCAUAUUCGGCGUGAUUGCUUUGAUUGCCGUUGCAGCGUACCUCAUCGGCGGCUGCGCCUACCAGCGAACGGUGAUGCACCAGCGCGGCUGGCGACAAUGCCCAAACUACAGCCUCUGGGUGGGGAUGUUUGAUUUCGUCAAAGACAUGAUCAUCAUCCUGUUCUCCUCUCUAGGCCGUCUCUUCCAGUUCCGACGACGAUCUCCUACACUCGGCCAGCGCACAAAUAGCGGCAUGAACGGCGGCCGACGGUCUGACAUCGACGCCGAAAACCGGUUGAUAGAUCAGCUGGAUGAGCAAUGGGAGGAUUGA